CUUAUCAAAAGAACUAUGUAGAGUCACAUCCGUAGGCUUUGGUAAAUUAUGUACAGAAGUGAAUUAUAUACCAUAUCAAGAGAAAAACAGAUUCAACAGCAAGGCAGGCAGAUUAAACAGACACUGAGGUUCCGCUACCCUGUGGCUACAGGUGACUUGUUUACAGAAGCAGAGCUCUGUUAUAUUGUAGGUGAGGGGAUGGGUUUUAAGGGGAGGAAGCUUCCCUGUGUGGUCCGGCAGUUCUUGCAACUUUGUUUUAAGAACUGCAAUUUUUGUAGAAGUUUGUGCUGCAGAGUCUCUGAAGCUCUACAAGCUCUUGGGAUGGCUGCCAUCAGUUUGCAAGCAUUUAAAAUGGCCUCCAUUAGUCCACCAACGCACAAGAUUGGAUGCUACCAGUUCUCCAGCUCACAAGAUGGGUACCGCCAGUCUGUCUGUCUCCUGCUCGGAAGAUGGUUUCCUGUUCCAAGUCUUCCCGUCAUGGUUCCCAUCUAAGUUCCUGUCCGUGAAAUGACAUCACCUGAGCCAGAAGUAUGGCCACCACCACCUGAGUUGCCAGAGCUGCUGCCACACCAGAGCUUUUACUGCCAGUGUUGCCACUACCACCUCCAGAACUGCCAGAUCCUCUAUCACUGCCAGAGCUGCAAGAUCUUCCGUCACUGCCAGGGCUGCCAGAUCCACCGUCACUGCCAGAGCUGCCAGAUCCAUUGUCACUGCCAGAUCCUCCAGGGGCACCAGAUCCUCCCGAAUUUUCCAAAUGACUGCCACGUGAGCCUUGUGACCUUUCGAUGCCUUCUGCCCUUAAGUCUCCUGACACACUGGGGUUGUCUGAACCACCAGUGCCUCCUGACCUAGAACCUCCUGACCCACUGGGGUUGUCUGAACCACCUGUGCCUCCUGACCUAGAGCCUCCUCGCCCACUGAGGUUGUCUGAACCACCUGUGCCUCCUGACCUAGAGCCUCCUGACCCACUGAGGUUGUCUGAACCACCUGUGCCUCCUGACCUAGAGCCUCCUGACCCACUGGGGUUGUCUAAACUACCAGUGCCUCCUGACCUAGAGCCUUCUGACCCACUGGGGUUGUCUGAACCACCUGUGCCUCCUGACCAAGAGCCUCCUGACCCACUGGCGUUGUUUGAACCACCUUUGUAUCCUGCCCCUAAGCCUCCUCAUCCACUGAGGUUGUCUGAACCACCAGUGCCUCCUGACCUAGAGCCUUCUGACCCACUGGGGUUGUCUGAAUCAUCAGUGCCUUCUGAACCUGAUCCUCCUGACCCACUAGGAUUGUCUGAACCACCAGUGCCUCCUGACCUAGAGCCUCCUGACCCACUGGGGUUGUUUGAACUGCCAGUGUCUCCUGCCCCUAAGCCUCCUCUUCCACUGAGGUUGUCUGAACCACCAGUGCCUCCUGAUCCACUGGGGUUGUCUGAACCACCAGUGCCUCCUGAUCAAGAGCCUCCUGACCCACUGGCGUUGUUUGAACCACCUUUGUAUCCUGCCCCUAAGCCUCCUCAUCCACUGAGGUUGUCUGAACCACCAGUGCCUCCUGACCUAGAGCCUUCUGACCCACUGGGGAUGUUUGAACCGCCAGUGUAUCCUGCCCCUAAGCCUCCUCAUCCACUGAGGUUGUCUGAACCACCAGUGCCUCCUGACCUAGAGCCUCCUGACCCACUGGGGUUGUUUGAACUGCCAGUGUCUCCUGCCCCUAAGCCUCCUCUUCCACUGAGGUUGUCUGAACCACAAGUGCCUCCUGACCUAGAGCCUCCUGAUCCACUGGGGUUGUUUGAACCACCAGUGCCUCCUGACCUAGAGCCUCCUGACCCACUGGGGUUGUCUGAACCACCAGUGUCUCCAACCCCUAAGCCUCUUCAUCCACUGAGAUUGUCUGAACCACCAGUGUCUCCAACCCCUAAGCCUCCUCAUCCACUGGGGUUGUCUGAACCACCGGUGCCUCUUGACCUAGAGCCUCCUGACCCACUGGGGUUGUCUGAACCACCUGUGCCUCCUGACCUAGAGCCUCCUGACCCACUGGGGUUGUCUGAACCGCCAGUGUCUCCUGACCCUAAGCCUCCUAAACCACUGGGGUUGUCUGAACCACCAGUGCCUCCUGACCUAGAGCCUCCUGACCCACUGGGGUUGUCUGAACCACCAGUGCCUCCUGACCUAGAGCCUCCUGACCCACUGAGGUUGUUUGAACCACCUGUGCCUCCUGACCUAGAGCCUCCUGACCCACUGAGGUUGUUUGAACCACCUGUGUCUCCUGACCUAGAGCCUCCUGACCCACUGGGGUUGUCUGAACCACCUGUGCCUCCUGACCUAGAGCCUCCUGACCCACUGGGGUUGUCUGAACUGCCAGUGUCUCCUGACCUACAGCCUCCUGACCCGCUGGGGUUGUCUGAACUGCCAGUGUCUCCUGACCCUAAGCCCUUCUGAUCCACUGGGGUUGUCUGAACCACCAGUGCCUUCUGAACCUGAGCCUUCUGAUGCUCAUCCAGGCUUCUAGCCCUCUGCAGCUGCACUCUCCGCUACACCUCCCUCCUUAA